AUGGCACCGAGUGUUGUAAUGAUAACUGGCUGUUCGACCGGGAUAGGGCGUGCGACGGCUGUGCAUCUAGCAAAGAAAUGCAACGGCGAUUUCAAGGUUUACGCCACCGUGGUUGAUCUUUCUGAAACGGCAGAUCUGGAAACAGCCGCCGGGGACUCACUCAAUAAAACUCUGUUCAUCCGGGAACUCGACGUCACAAAGGAAGCAACUAUCUCGGCGGCGGUUGACGAGAUUUUACGAGAAAAUGGGAGGAUUGAUGUCCUGUUCAACAAUGCAGGAAUCUCGCAGUUUGACGAUCAUUUCCUACAGCAAGAUGUCGAUGAUGAUGAUGAUGACUUUGCAAAACCUCGAGCCAUGAUGAACAUCAAUUUUUGGGGUGCUGUCCGAGUCAUGAAAGCAGUACUUCCAACCAUGAAGAAACAGAAAUCUGGGCGUAUUCUCAACAUGUCCAGUUUAACAGGAGUAAUUGGAUCACCUUUUUUGUCUCUGUACUCGGCAUCCAAGUUUGCCCUAGAAGGAUUUUCCGAGAGUUCUGCACUAGUUCUUCGAAAAGCCUACAAUAUCAGAGUUAGCUUGUUAGAACCGGGUUGCGUUGAAACUGCCCCACUUAUUAACGUGGCGAGUUCACCCUUGUCUGUUUCUGGAGCUUGGGAUGACGUCACGCAAGAGAUGUUCCAAGGCUUCAUCACUACCAUUGAGAAUUCCAUUAAGCAGGAGCCAGAGGAGAUUGCCCGCUUGGUUGAAGAGAUCAUCCGGAGCGAUAAUCCACAUCUUCGCUACCAAAGUGAUGAUCUUGUUAAAGGUUAUGUGGAGUUGAAAGUGGUUGACAGCACGGGGGAUUCCAUAUUUGAAGCAGACACUGGAAUGUUUAAAUGA